AUGGGGUGUACACCUUCCCACAAUGACGUUGUUAAUAGCGUUGCUAAGAGUGGCAUCCAGUUUUUUAAAAAGCCCAAAGCAAUUUUGCCGGGACGUCAAGGGAGCGGUGGAAGAUGCUCUAUCCCUUUGCUACUUCCAAGCUCCACCUGCUAUGACUCUGGGGGAGACCCGACCCAGGGACAGAGGCUAACAGAGGAGCAGCCGAGGGCCAGGUGGACCCAAAGCCCAGCUGAAGGUCUCUAUCAGCUCACAAGAGAUCCCACUGUAGGCAAAGGGAAAGAUAUGGAAGGACUGCCCCCAGAAACCAGAAUCUCCGCAUCCCAGCUGGACAAAUCACAAAGCCACAUGGCUCAGGACCUUCCAUCCAAGACACAGAGCUCCCACGGGUCACAGGGGACAGUCUCUUCUGGGGAAGAGAGUGAAGAAAGGAAUACCCAGCAAAGGAAGCUGAGAUGCCACACGUGUGGCCAACAGGGCCAUUGCUGCCAGACCAUCCUUCCUGCUCAUGAGCCUGAAGGCAAAGUGGAUUUCCCUGAGCCCCUGGUGAAGGCCCACCAGCACGCCUACACCUACCUCCACACCUGCAUCUCCAAAUAUGAAGCAAUCCUGUCCAUCACCCAUCAGGCCACCCAGACCCAAGAGCUGCUGCAGCCCAUGGUCAGCUUCCUGCUGCUAUGCUUUGAUGAGGUCAACCGGCUCUUGGGGGAGAUCUCCAAGGAGGGAGAAAUGCUCCUCCAGGAAGUUCGGGACGAUCUGGCUUGGCCGUUGAGGAAAGGAGAGCCUCAGGACCAGCCAGAUCUCCUGCAACAGCUUCUGCAGUACACAGUCAGCAAGCUGCUGGUGCUCAGUGGCACGGUGGCCUCGAUCACUGGCCGCUUCCUGGAGGGCUCCAGCAGUUACCACCAUGACACCGCGAGCCACUUGGGAAAGAAGCUGAGCACAAAGAGGGGUGUGGAUGAAUGCCUCCUGCGGGCUCUGGGGCAACUGGAGAACUUGGCGAGCGGCCACGGGGACCCUGGGAUGCAGGGUGCGCCCUUGUGCUCCGAGGACAGUGGCAUUGGUGGGGACAACGACUCUGUGCAGCCGGUGGACAAGCUGGGCAGGCAAGCCAGCUGGGACUCGGUGUCGGAGCCCGCAGAACGGAAGCUGGUGCUUUCAUCCACGGUGGAAGCCAGGCUGUCAGGACAGGCCUGGCAGCAAAGUCCUUUCCAGAUGGGUUCAGACACACCCCAGGACUGCCCCCUCUGGAGGCCUCCGUCGGCAAAGGUUCGGCCCGCGGCACAGAGUGGAGCAGGGGGCCCUUGCCCCUCGAGCACAGGCCCAGAAACUACGACCGCCAGGCCUUUGGGGAUGGGCAAAAGCACUCGGUGUGAUUUCCUUGGGAUUGGGAUCUCCACAGAAGCACAUUUUCCUAAAGGCUCCCGCUUGGUGGACACUCCUUCCGUCACUGAAGGGGAGGACAGUAGCCCAGAGGAGGAGGGGGACCAGGUGAGUGGCAUGAGUCUGGGUCCACAGCAGGAAAACUCUUUCCCUCCAAGGCCGCGCUCUUCACCUGGUGGCCCGGAAGGCCCAUUUCAGCCACACCCCAGGAAGCUAAGGAAGCCCCAAGCCCAGGAAAUGAUUCUGAAGAUGAAGGAAGCAAUCAGCGAAAGGAUCAAGUUUGUCCCUGUGCCUUCUGGGCCCCAGGACUGGGCCGACGAGGACGAGAGGAGGACAGCGGUCCCCCCGAGACCCAGCACAGCCAGCGGCAGCAGCAGGGCCCCUCUGAGGCAGAGGAGGUCCCAGUCAGAGGGGUGUCUGAAGAGCCAAGUGGAGGACUCCACCCUCCAGGAGCUGCAGAGGGUGCAGAGAGACCUGAGCCGGAGGCUGGAGGCAUUUUACGCCCUGGGUGCACGACAGCAGGGGCAGAGCCCGGAGCAGAUUGCGCAGCCCCGCGCCGUGGCUCGGAGGUCCGACACCUGCGGGAGCGCGCCGAGCAUCACCAGCAGCAAGCUGAAGGCAUCCCUCACCAAGAACUUCGUCAUUUUACCGAGUCAGGACAAGAGCAUCGUGCAGAAAUGCAGUCCCCGCCCUGAGGGCGAACAGCCCCGGCAGGGGGAGCCUGAGGGGCUGCCAGUCGUCAUCCCAUCGGGUGAGAAGACCAGUGAGGCUCGGGGGGCCGAGGACUGGAAUGUCAGGGGCUGUCCCACCAGAACAUCAGUCAAGAAGCUCAUUGAAACUUUUAGUCCCACUGAGAGUCUGAGGACCCUGGGAGAUUCCAAGGACGCCGGGCCAAGCCCCUGCCUCAGGAAGUGGGGGGUCCCCCUCAUGCCCCCCAGAUUUCCCAUUUACAGGGGGCUUGCCCCUUUGUAUCCAAAGCCCCGAAUUUCUCCAGCAGCGAGUGGAGAAUCUCUCAAGCUGGGCCCAGCCUGGAGGCCCUUAUCUCCUCUUUUCCCCGCUCUGCUGACAGCAGGAGCGUCCAAGAGGGAGGACCGCAAUUUCAACUAUGAAACAGAAGAGGACCCAGAGCAUCUGCCUCCACCGCCUCUGGAAAUCCUGAUGGACAAAUCGUUCACCUCUCUGGAGCCCCCAGAGAGCAGCAAGCCAGCAGGAACCUCCUCCAACGGGACCCAUGCACCAGGGCCGGGAGGGCCUGACCCUGCCCUGAGAACGUGGGCUUCCCCAAAGCUAAGAGCCUCCAUGAGCCCCACUGACCUGCUACCCAGCAAGAGCACGACUGCCCCCACCAGGCCCCACAGCACAGGGCCAGGGGGCAGCAAGAGUGGCUGCAGUACCAGAAAGCUCACCUUGGACCUGAGCCACCCACCAGCAACCAGCGGAAACCCAGAGGUGGAGGGCAGAGGGGCUCAGAGUCAGGCACCCGCAGACAGGGCCACCAGCCUGUCCAAGCAUCCCCAGAAGGCCAUCCCCUGGCACCCCUCCAGCCACACAUCUGGGCCGAACAGCACCUUGGAACCCAGCCUGGCCAGGCCAACACGACGGCCACGUUCUCCCGAGGCCCCCAGGCAGAGCCAGGAGAGAAGCCCCUCGCCGGUGAGGAAGGCCUCUGCCGCAAGGGGACACUGGACAGCCCGAGCGGACAGGAGGCAGCUCCCCUCUCACAGAUCUGCCCAGCCAAGCGUCCCCUGCGUGCACAGCUCCCCCAGCCCACCCAUCAGCCCUCCGGUAAGCCCCACGGUGCUCAGCACCCCAGAGACGAAGGAAGGAGCCUCCCCCCCACCCUGGCACAAGCCGCCCAGCACUCCCCCUGCGAGCCCACCCGCACAGCACAAGGCCUCCAGCCCCCCUACCCGGCACACAGAAGCGAGUUCCCCUUCCUCUGGCCCCUCCUCGUCCCCCCCAGUGUCCCCUGCUCAGGGGCCCCAGCAAACAAGAGACCCUGAGGACAGUCGGGCAGCCACAGCUAAAGCAUGUGGGAACACGUGUUCCAUAUUCUGCCCGGCCACCUCCUCUCUGUUUGAAGCUGCCCCGCGCCCUUCGGCAGCCCACCCACGCACCCCAGCCUCGCUGCCCCCUGAAGCCGGCAGCCCUCGGGGGACCCCCGCAGGAGGCUGGAGGAGCUCGGGGCCACGGCUGAGGGCGGGCUCCCAGCGGGGCCCGGCUCUGUGUGCCCUCAAGCCUCAGCCUUUCAUCAGAAGGACGGCUUCUGACCACCGGCCGAGUAUCCGCCUCGGGCUGCCUGUCCCCGGUGCCACCUGCGACGCUUGGGAAUCCGCACUCAGCAGGAGCAGCAGCAGUGAGGAGAGCCCCAAGAAGGACACAGAGCCAUGGAACAGCCCCUGUGCCCCAGAACUGAGGGGCGGUGGCAGGGCUGCCUCUCCCCCAGAACUCUGCGUGUUGGGCCAUGGGCUGCAACGGGAGGCCAGAACCAGCCGCGCCCAGGACAAGCCUCAACAGAAGGAAGUAGCCUGA